AUGCAGAAACCCAAAGUAUUUUUUCACAAUAUUUUAAACUUUAAGAUUUCUUUAGGUUCAGUAGAACAAAGUGCAAAUGAUUUAUUUUUUGAUACCGAAGAAGAUUUUUGUCAAGUACAAAAUAUUAUUUCACGAAUAUUAAAAUGGUUAGCAAUAGAUGAGGAUUCUUUUGAGAAGGCUUAUGUUUCUUUAUGUUUGCCAAAAUUGCUUGGACCUUUUAUUCGUUUACAAAUGCUCAAUUGGCGUCCAUUAAAGAAUGAUUCAUUGCCUUUACACUCCUUCCCUUGGUAUAAACAAUUAUUGAUGGCAGGAUUGGACAAUUCUGGCUUGGAAAAUAUAGAACAUUCUGUUUUAGUUCAAUUAAUUCCUAAUGUUGUGGAGAAAGUUAUUUUUCCAAAAAUUGCAAGAAUUAUCCGUGAACAGUGGGAUCCUUUGUCUCUAAAUGAAUCUACCAACUUGGGGACCUUUUUGCGAUCACUCAUCGAUGAUUAUCCAAUAACCACUACUAACAUUAAAUCAAAAAGAAUGAAUGAAAUCCUCGAUUUGUUGCACUCAAAAUUUCGGGAUGUGCUUGAAAAUGAUACUUUUGUACCUCUGUACAGUAAAGAUGCCAUUGAAGCAGUAGAGACAGGCUGUGCAGAAUUUAUGGAUAGACAAUUUUGGAAGUCUAUAAAGAUAAUUCGCUCAAUUCUUUGUUUUCGUGGAAUUCUUUCUGAUCUUUUUCUUGAAGAAUUAGUAAUGGAAGGACUUGUUAAUCGUUGUGUAGUUAUGUCUCUUCAAUUCGGUUCAAUUUCAAAUCCAACAAUAAUUCCAAAAUGUUUAGCUUUGUGUUCACAAAUUCCGGUUGAUUGGCUUUCACAAAAACGCCGUUCUUCCAAUACUUAUAGUAAUUAA